ACUAAGCCUCUUGCUCUCCUAGUCAGUGACUGGUGGAGGUUCCGCGCUGUCCGCGUUCUCUCUUCCCGGUGUGACCGAGCCGCAGCGUCCAGCGGCGAAGGCGUACCCGCUGCCUCGAGUAGAGGAGGGCGAGGAGGGGACCUGGGAACGGGCAGCGGCCGGACUGGGUCGCUCUGGGGCGGGCUGGCGACUCUGCUCCUUCGCUUGCUGCUGUCUCUGGGAACCGGGUGCCAGCACUGAGGAGUCUUCAGCGGACAGCGACCCCCUUCCCCGGCUCCCCUGCCCGCCCUGCCGGGGAGGGCGGAAGAUGCCGGUGAAGAAGAAGAGAAAAUCCCCUGGGGUGGCAGCAGCCGUAGCGGAAGACGGAGGCCUCAAAAAGUGUAAAAUCUCCAGCUAUUGCAGAUCCCAACCCCCUGCUAGACUAAUAAGUGGAGAGGAACAUUUUUCAAGCAAGAAGUGCCUGGCUUGGUUUUAUGAGUAUGCAGGUCCUGAUGAAGUUGUAGGGCCAGAAGGAAUGGAAAAAUUUUGUGAAGACAUUGGUGUUGAACCUGAAAAUAUUAUUAUGUUAGUUUUAGCGUGGAAAUUGGAGGCUGAAAGCAUGGGAUUUUUUACCAAGGAAGAAUGGUUAAAGGGGAUGACUUCAUUACAGUGUGACUGCACAGAAAAGUUACAGAACAAAUUUGACUUUUUGCGCUCACAGUUGAAUGAUAUUUCUUCAUUUAAGAAUAUCUACAGAUAUGCCUUUGAUUUUGCAAGGGAUAAAGAUCAGAGAAGCCUUGAUAUUGAUACUGCUAAGUCUAUGUUAGCUCUUCUGCUUGGUAGGACAUGGCCACUGUUUUCAGUAUUUUACCAGUACCUGGAGCAAUCAAAGUAUCGUGUUAUGAACAAAGAUCAGUGGUACAAUGUAUUAGAAUUCAGCAGAACGGUCCAUGCUGAUCUUAGUAACUAUGAUGAAGAUGGUGCUUGGCCUGUUCUUCUCGAUGAAUUUGUUGAGUGGCAAAAAGUUCGUCAAACAUCAUAGCAAGAACUAUUGUGAAGAAAAUGCAAACCUUUUGAUUUCCCACGUGUGUGCAAGCGAAAUGAGACGAGGAAAAAAAAAAUCCAAAGGGUGCAUUUUCAUCCAUAUGAAAGACUUCUCAUAGUACUUUUUUUUCCUUUUUUUUAAAGGAAGUUUUCUUGUUACAUGUGAUGGGCAUUGAGCCACACCUCUUCUGAGACUGAAUAUUGAAGUUUUUGUUUGGAGUUAUGUUUAUAACAUUUAUUUCAGAACAAUAAAGAUUCAGAUUUGUGACAAAGGCCUUAAAGUGAAGAUG